AUGACAACUGCAAUUAUACCUACAACUAUAACUGCAGCUCCGACUACUGCUACAACUACACCAUGGUUACCAGCAACAGAAACUUCGACUGUUGAAAGUGUCGCAACCACAGGACUUGAAGUACAAACAAAUGAAGAGUCAAGUGUAACAGCGAUGAUAUCUACGACUAUAAUUACAGAACGUCCUUUCGUUGCACUAUUUCAAUGUAAUUUCGAUUCCACACCAUGUUUUGAAAAUGAUCAACUGAAACGAACUAGUGGUAAUGAAUUUAAUCCUAAUGGGUCUUCUGAUAACUUAGAACGUCCUAAAGCACCAACUUCGGAUGUUACAUCUAUUACCCUUCCAACAAAUAACAAUCAAAAAUGCCAACUACCUUAUCGAUUACCAUUGAAUGGUAGUAUGAAUAUCAGUACAUGGGAUAUGAACUUUUGUUAUAAUAAUCAAUGUAAAACAGAGAAUGGACAGACAGCAACAUGUCAAUUAGGUUUAUAUGGUCUAGUAUCACUUAAUUCAUCAGAACCAUUGAAGACAAUCAAUGAAUCAAUCAAUACUAACCUUAUUCUAAGAGAUUCAAUUGGAGAACAAUGUCUUCGAUUUUAUUAUUAUUUUACUUUUGAUGAAGGACAAGAUUGGGGCCAGCAGAUUCAAGUGUGGAUAAGACCUAAUAAUGAAAGUGACAAUGCAUUUUUAAUUAAGACUCUUACAAGAAAUGAUACAAUAGAAAAUAAAUGGCAAUUUCAAGAUGUCACAUUUAAUUCAACAUUUUCUAAUUAUACAUUAGCUUUUUCUUUUCGUAUUGAUAACGGAACUGAAACAGAACAAUCAAUAUUGAAUCAAACGAUAUAUUUUGCAUUAGAUAAUAUAGAAAUAUAUGAUUAUAAUUGUUCAUAUGUCAAUUAUUUAUUGGCUGUUUCGACGACAACUCCAUCGAAGGAAACUACUAUGAUACCGACUUCGACAAUAACAACAACAACAACAACAACAACACCGUCAAUUACUGCAUCAACUGAGCAAGAUUUAGGUUUAAUUCUCGGUCUCUCGUUGGGUCUUGGUAUUCCAUUUGUGCUCGUUUAUCUUUCAAUAUUAACAAUCUGUGAUUCUCAAAGAUUGCUCUAUCAUUGUGAUUUCGACACGGAUCUAUCAAGUAAUUGUAGAUUUCAGUGGACACCAGGAGCACCAACUCUAGAAACUCUCUGUGGCAUCACAUCAGCUACUGUACCUAAACAACCUUUGUCUGAUGUUAAGUCCAUCUUGUCAUUGACUGUUCCUAAGAAUGAAUUUUGUGUGUUUCCAUACUCAAAUCCACCAGAAACAUGGCCAAUGUACUUUUGUCAACGCAACUCAGAAACUAAUUAUACAUGUCCAACUCGAUCUGGCACGGGAAAUUGUAUAAUUGGAAAGUAUGCUUUGGUUCAAACACCCAGAGCUGGUUCGUUUGAUCAUAUGUAUACAACUAUUGAUACUAUUCAGAAUCAUAUUGAUAAUUUUCAAUGUCUCGAUUUUUAUUAUUAUGUACCUGAUACAUCAUUUAGUGCACAAAUUAGUGUUGGAUGGUCGGCAGGUGCAGCACCCUUCUUUUUAACUGACGUAAAAGCAAAACUUGAAAAUAAAUGGCAACAUCAUCAGUUUACAUAUGAAAAUCCACGACAAACUGCUUAUAAUAUAUGGUUUCAAAUGAUUCGUGACGGUGGAGCUGCCGGAUUCUCGUUUGCUUUAGACGAAAUUAAAAUAUUUGAUGGUUCAUGUGCAGAAGAAUCUGAUUUACCCUUGAUUCUUGGCCUUGUACUUGGUAUUGGUUUGUCAUUCAUUCUUUUUUUCAUUGGUGUUGCUGUAUAUUAUUUUACAAUUGUCAAACCUAAACAAAAAAUUACGGUUCUUAAUUCGAGUGAAAAUGAAAUAAUCAUGGCAUCGAUGAAUAAUACUACGAACAAUACUGAUACUGUAGACACUGUUAUUAGUUAA